AUGUCCUGCGUGGAAGCACAGAGGGAGGUUCGAGACGACUCUCUGCAGAAGGUUAACUACGGUGCGGGACAGUUCGACAGGAGCCCGAGAUAUGGGCCAUAUGAAGACGUCGUUUUCGACGGGCGGGAUUGGGGUGCAAAUGCCGGGUUAGAAAGAGGAACAGGAAGGGUUUAUCGACGAAAACGAGGGAAACAAGAUGAUGCCAAAUAUCAGGUCGCUUGA